AUGUGGUCGCUGCCUGUUUCCCUGUUGUUGGCUACUAUCUCUGUGCUAGGCUUCUCUGCUACGACUCAAGCAGCGGUACAAGACGAGGAGCAAGUUGUCCUCAACGCCCCUCACCGACAACCCAUCAGCCCAGGUCCCCGUUUCACCUGUCGUCAGCAGUCGCCGGAGUUAUGUGACGCGGGUUCUCAACACUGGACCGGUACGGUCAAUAUUAGUUCGGAAAAGUCUAUGUUUUUCUGUGCGUUUUGUUCCGGUCCUUUCGUGAUGCAGCACGCGUUAUGUGCCGCAAUUCCGGUCUCGCUAACGUAUGUCGUAGGGUAUUAUGAAAGCCGAGACAGCCCUGAAACAGACCCAGUGUUGCUUUGGAUGAGCGGAGGUCCCGGUGCCACGAGUGAACUAGGCCAGUUCAAAGGCAUUGGUCCCUGUGCAGUGAACGAAGACGGAAACUCAACCCGGCGCCUUGAAUUCUCAUGGAUUGACCACGCCAACGUCGUGUUUAUAGACCAACCUGUCGGUGUGGGCUUCUCCCAGAUUUCAGACCGCAAUCAAAUCGCGACAAACCUACAUGACGGGGCAAGAGAUGUAUACACGUUCCUUUCCACUUUCACCAAGGAAGUCUUCCCGGAACUGGCCAACCGUACUUGGCACAUCACAGGAGAGUCCAUGGGUGGCCAUUAUGUCACAUCCUACACAGAGUAUAUCCUGAAACAGGAAGCCGAGCGAGCCCUCCAGGGUCUUGACAUUGGCAUUCAUAUUGAUUCCGCUAUUAUAGUCGAUGGCUAUAUUGACGGUGCGUAUCAAUACACAGGGUACUAUGACUUCUUCUGUGAGGAUUGGAGAGCCGACGGACGACUCUAUCCCUUAAUGAACGCGACCGCUUGUCAAGAAAUGGGCGAGGCUGUGGCAGCUUGCGAGGAGAAAGGUGCCAUGUGUAGAGACUCUUAUGAUGUCGAUGUUUGUGCUUGGGCUAUGCAGUCCUGUGGUCAAACAGUUGGUAAACACUUUACUGAUGGCGUUAAACCAGGAGGGUGGAACCCGUAUGACAGUCGAUUUAAGUGUCAAGAGCCCCCUCUGUGCUCAAAUUUCAGCACAGACGAGACCAUUGUAUUCCUCAAUCAGCCAUGGGUACAAGAGCAGUUAGGAUUCCCCAACUACACGUUCCAAUUGAUCGAUUUCGAUACCAACAGGCGAUGGGAUGCGGCAGGCAAUCUUAACCUACCUGUCACCCGAGAGCUAACAUGGCUGUUGGAUAAUUCCGAUGUCCGUGUACUAUUCUUCAAUGGCAAUAAUGAUAUAAUAAUUAAUACUCCCGGGCAGAUGCGUCUGCUUGACGCACAGCCUUGGAAGGGACAGGCACAUUUCAGAAGCCUGAGAUACCAAGAUUGGUUUUAUACAAAUGGAAAGCUUGACCAAGGAGGUGGAGGGAAGAAAGGGGGAACUUGGAAGGGAGGUGAGAGGUUAAAAAUCUACACUGUGGACGAAGCGGGCCAUUUCUCUGCGAUGAACCAAUCUGAGGCUCUUGGGGUCGUGGUCGCAGACUGGCUUCGGAAGUAA